GGGGAGGGGCUCACGCAUGACUCUCCAGGCCUUUUCUCUCUUCCUGGCCAGGGACUUCCAGAGCAGUGGGGGCAGAGGCCAGCCAAGGAUUGGGGGAAGGGUGCAGUUUCAGCCCUGAGGCCCCCUUCCUGGUUGCAUGGCCAACCAAAACCCCAGAGGGCCUCCCGCGAGGCAUGGGUAAGGUCAGGGCUAAGGGAGAAGACCAGAAAGACCACGUAUUGAAGCCUGCUCAGUGCCAGGCACCUUGCCAGGAGCGUGCAGGAGCUAUUUCAGCACACCCCAUAGUCUUUCUGGGAGUUCUCCCUGGGCGGUCUCCAGUCCUGUGGGCUCGGCUGGGACAAUCCACGCACCUCCUGAUCUCCAGCUUGAGCCCUUUUCGGGCUGGCGGGAGUGGGGGCAUCAGAUCAAAGGGGAACCCUUUCCUGGGAAUAGCAGGCGCCCUCACUCUUCCCGGGACACAGUUGUACCUGGAAUCCCCGAUCCCGGAGCCUGCGCAAGACCUUCGGGAGCGUGUCCCGCAGCCGCCGUCCCCGCCCCCGAGCUGCCACCGAGCUGACAGCUGCAGCCCGUGAGCCAUGCGGAGGUUCGCCGGGAGGCCGACGGUCCGCGCAUCCUGUAGCUGAGAUCGCCGAGGGCUGUGUGGCGGGGCCAGCGGCACCAUGGAGACCCCAUAUUCGAUGACGGCUCACUACGACGAGUUCCAGGAGGUCAAAUACGUGAGCCGGUGCGGCACGGGAGGAGCGCGCGGGGCCUCGCUGCCCCCCGGCUUCCCGCUGGGCGCGGGGCGCAGCGCCACCGGGGCCCGAGCGGGGCUGCCGCGCUGGAACCGGCGCGAGGUGUGCCUGCUGUCGGGACUGGUGUUCGCCGCCGGCCUCUGCGCCAUCCUGGCCGCCAUGCUGGCGCUCAAGUACCUGGGUCCCGGCGCCGCGGGCGGCGGCGGCGGCGCCUGCUCCGAGGGCUGCCCGGAGCGCAAGGCCUUCGCGCGCGCCGCCCGCUUCCUGGCCGCCAACCUGGACGCCAGCAUAGACCCGUGCCAGGAUUUCUACUCCUUCGCGUGCGGUGGCUGGCUGCGGCGCCACGCCAUCCCCGACGACAAGCUCACCUACGGUACCAUCGCUGCCAUCGGCGAGCAGAACGAGGAGCGACUGCGGCGCCUGCUGGCGCGGCCCGGGGGUGGGCCGGGGGGUGCGGCCCAGCGCAAGGUGCGCGCCUUCUUCCGCUCGUGCCUCGACAUGCGUGAGAUCGAGCGGCUCGGCCCACGGCCCAUGCUCGAAGUCAUCGAGGACUGCGGGGGCUGGGACCUGGGCGGUGCCGCCGAGCGCCCGGGGGCCGCCGCGCUCUGGGACCUCAACCGGCUGCUGUACAAGGCCCAGGGCGUGUACAGCGCCGCCGCGCUCUUCUCGCUCACCGUCAGCCUGGACGACAGGAAUUCCUCGCGCUACGUCAUCCGCAUUGAUCAGGAUGGGCUCACUCUGCCGGAGAGGACCCUGUACUUAGCUCAGGAUGAGGAGAGUGAGAAGAUCCUGGCAGCAUACCGGGUGUUCAUGGAGCGCCUGCUCAGCCUACUGGGGGCCGAUGCUGUGGAGCAGAAGGCACAGGAGAUCCUGCAGCUGGAGCAGCGGCUGGCCAACAUCACAGUGUCAGAGUACGAUGACCUCCGGCGGGAUGUCAGCUCCAUGUACAACAAGGUGACGCUGGGGCAGUUGCAGAAGAUCACCCCUCACCUGCAGUGGAAGUGGCUGCUGGACCAGAUCUUCCAGGAGGACUUCUCGGAGGAUGAGGAGGUGGUGCUGUUGGCCACAGACUACAUGCAGCAGGUGUCCCAGCUCAUCCGCUCCACACCCCGCAGGAUCCUGCACAACUACCUGGUGUGGCGCGUAGUGGUGGUCCUGAGUGAGCACCUGUCACCACCGUUCCGAGAGGCGCUGCACGAGCUGGCACGGGAGAUGGAGGGCAGUGACAAGCCACAGGAGCUGGCCCGUGUCUGCCUGGGCCAGGCCAACCGCCACUUUGGCAUGGCGCUUGGAGCUCUCUUUGUACAUGAGCACUUCUCAGCUGCCAGCAAGGCCAAGGUGCAGCAGCUUGUGGAAGACAUCAAGUACAUCUUGGGCCGGCGCCUGGAGGAGUUGGACUGGAUGGAUGCUGAGACCAAGGCAGCUGCUCGGGCCAAGCUCCAGUACAUGAUGGUGAUGGUAGGCUACCCCGACUUCCUGCUCAAACCCGAGGCUGUGGACAAGGAGUACGAGUUUGAGGUCCACGAGAAGACCUACUUCAAGAACAUCUUGAACAGCAUCCGCUUCAGCAUCCAGCUCUCAGUCAAGAAGAUCCGGCAGGAGGUGGACAAAUCCACGUGGCUGCUCCCACCACAGGCCCUCAAUGCCUACUAUCUACCCAACAAGAACCAGAUGGUGUUCCCGGCAGGUAUUCUGCAGCCCACGCUCUAUGACCCUGACUUUCCACAGUCUUUGAACUACGGGGGCAUCGGCACCAUCAUUGGACAUGAGCUGACCCACGGCUAUGACGACUGGGGGGGCCAGUAUGAUCGCUCAGGCAACCUGCUGCACUGGUGGACGGAGGCCUCCUACAGCCGCUUCUUGCGCAAGGCGGAGUGCAUCGUGCACCUGUAUGACAACUUCACCGUCUACAACCAGCGCGUGAAUGGGAAGCACACACUUGGUGAGAACAUCGCGGACAUGGGCGGCCUCAAGCUGGCCUAUUAUGCCUAUCAGAAGUGGGUGCGGGAGCACGGCCCGGAGCACCCGCUGCACCGGCUCAAGUACACGCACAACCAGCUCUUCUUCAUUGCCUUUGCCCAGAACUGGUGCAUCAAGCGGCGGUCACAGUCCAUCUACCUGCAGGUGCUGACCGACAAGCACGCACCUGAGCAUUACAGGGUGCUGGGCAGCGUGUCCCAGUUCGAGGAGUUUGGCCGGGCCUUCCAUUGCCCCAAGGACUCACCCAUGAACCCUGCCCACAAGUGCUCUGUGUGGUGAGCCUGGCCACCGGCCCGCACGCCCUCACCACCCGCCCUGCACGAAUUGCCUCCCUGCCAGCUGCCGGGGCAGGCAUGGACCCGGCACUGGUCUGCUCUGGGCGCCACCCACCUUAAGGCCUCCAGGACCUGGCCUUCUUGCUAUCCCUCACUUCCGGAGGGGCCCGGAGCAGGGAUGGGGCUGGGCUCCAGGAGGCCGUGGGGGUGAGAUGCUGGGGUCCCCAGUCUUGGCUCUAAGGAGCCAGACCCCCUGGCCAGGGUGGAUUGUACAGGCCCCACCUUCAGUCUGUUCUUGCUGCUAAGUCUGGUCAAUAAACUGCUGUACCGUU